GAUGGUGUCGUGCCAUUAUGCCGUCAUGAAGGUAGCCCAUUAAACAGUUGCAGAAGCGUCUUUCCUGCGUGUGUACCGUGAUCCAGAAAAUCAACUGAACUGUUUAGCCAUGUCCUUAAUAAUCUUAACAUCUGCACACAGACUACGAUCAAUCUGUAGAUUGCAGAGAAUACAAGGACACAUGAUGUCAAGUCAAACUGGGUCGGAAGUUCUGUUUGAGAAAGUGGGGCAUGCUGGUGUCAUCACACUAAACAGGCCCAAAGCUCUCAAUGCUCUCAAUCUCACAAUGAUCAGACACAUUUACCCUCAGCUUAAGAAGUGGGACAACGACUCAGAAACAGAUAUAGUGAUCAUUAAAGGAGCUGGGGGGAAGGCAUUCUGUGCUGGUGGGGAUAUCAGAGCUGUCACAGAGGCUGGAAAAUCUGGAGAUUCUCUUGCUCAAGACUUCUUCUUUGAAGAGUACAUUUUGAACAACACUAUUGGUACAUGUCAGAAACCAUAUGUGGCCCUAAUUGAUGGAAUUACAAUGGGAGGAGGCGUCGGUCUUUCAGUCCAUGGGCGGUUUCGUGUGGCCACUGAGAAGACACUGUUUGCCAUGCCAGAGACGGGCAUUGGUUUGUUCCCAGAUGUUGGGGGUGGCUACUUCCUGCCUAGACUCCAAGGCAAGCUGGGCCUUUUUCUCGCCCUGACAGGGUUCCGUCUUAAAGGAAGAGAUGUGCAGAGAGUCGGUGUGGCUACUCACUUUGUGCAAUCUGAGAAGAUUGCAUCUCUUGAGAAGGAUCUUGUUGACUUGAAGUCUCCUUCUAUCAGUGAUGUGGCCCAGCUGCUGGAUUCUUAUCAGGAACAGUGCAGUCAGGAUGCAGAGAAACCAUUUGUCCUGCAGCAGCACAUAGAGACCAUCGACAGGCUGUUUUCUGCUGCCAGUGUGGAGGAGAUCCUGGAGAACCUUAAGAAGGAUGGCUCUGCUUUUGCACAGAAACAGGCUGAGAUUCUGGCCAAAAUGUCCCCCACUUCACUAAAGUUAACUUUCAGACAGAUUCAAGAAGGAGCAAGAAUGAGUCUGCAAGAGGUGCUGGUGAUGGAGUAUAGACUCAGUCAGGCCUGCAUGAGAGGCCAUGAUUUUUAUGAGGGAGUUAGAGCUGUGCUAAUUGAUAAAGACCAGAGUCCAAAGUGGAAACCUUCCACCCUCUCUGAAGUCUCAGAGAAAACUGUAGAGGAAUGCUUUAGCUCCCUUGGUGAAAGAGACCUCAAACUUUAGAAACCUAAUUUACUUUUGCAAGCUUUUGAAAUUCAUUACAGAAGUCUGCGUUAUUAUUUCUGUCAGCAUAGCUGAGAAAUGAAAACUAUUCUGCUGCUUACAGCUAAAGCAGAUGUUCUUCUGAGACUUCUGCAAAUAUCUGCUGAUCCUUGUGUAGAAAUGAACAAUGCUGGUUUCUUGAAGGAUUUCAGAGGGUUUCUAUUCAUCAUUUGAAUGGGAAAUGGCAUUUAAAGUAAGCAAAAUUCAUCAUUCACCCAAAAAUAAAAUAUUUGCCAUUUACUUACCUUUAUGUCAUUCCAAAGCCGUAUGCUGUUGUUUUUUACUAGAAACACUAGAAUAAAUUAGAAAAUAUUUUAUUCACACAGCCCUUUUCCAUACAACACAGUUAAUAGUGACAGCAGCUGUCAAGUUCAAAAAGUACCAUAAAAGUAGUCAGUAUGACUUGUGCACUAUAUUCCGAGUUUUCUGGAGCCAUACGAUAUCUUUGUGUGAGAAACAGACCGAAAUUUCAGCUAUUCACUGAAACUCUUCCCCUUCGCUGCAGAUCUCAAAUUUCAUUUUCCAUUUCACAUAAUUGCAGCAUUACUUCGAUUGCAUCACGAGAGUAUCAGUAGUGUUUUAGUGUCAAUAACGUCAAACCUGACGCAGCACAUCAACUUGCCAAUUUUAUUUAAAUGUGAACGCAGAGGACAAGAUUAUCAGUGAAUAAAGAUUCAUUUUCUUUCUAAGCUGUCAUAUAUAUUCAGAAGACUUGGAAUAUAGUGCAUAUUGAAUACUUUUAUUUGGAGUUUACAGUAGUUUUGCUCUUUAUGUAGCUUGACAGCCGUGGUCACUAUAAACUGUCAUUGUGUGGAAAAGAGCUGUGUAAAGAUUCUUCAGAAUUUCUCCUUUUGGGUUCCAUAGGAGGAGGAAAAAACAGCAGAUGGGUUUCAAAUGACAUGAGGGUCAGUAAAUAAUAACAGAAUUUGCAUUUAUGGGUAAACUAUUAUUCUAAGACAUUGUGAUAUAUAGCACUCAUAUAGUGCUGGGAAUCAUAUUGUGCCUAAUUGCUUUUUCCUCCAUACUGUGGAAUAAUUUGUUUUAAUCCUGUGGAAAGACAAUGGCAGACACUCAUUUUUGCACAUGCUGCAUCCCAAUCCCUGAUUAACCUUGACAACUUUAACAUGUACACGCUGGCCACGAUUCAGUUCAACGGGAUUAAAGUAUUGCCAUGUAGUGCAUGUAGUAUGACUGCCAUAUUUAACAGUGUUUACUACACUGUAUUAAAACAAGCAGUUCCACUGGCCUAGAUUAUUGAGGUGUCAAAAUAUAUCUGAAUAAUUUGAAAACCAUGAUGCCUGGAAGAAUUCAAAUAAUUUGGUUCUCCUCUGCUUUGCUCAUAUAAAUAUGUGGGUGUUCUUGAAAAGCUGUGUGACCCAUAUUUGUGAAGAAAAAAAAGGUGUUUUGUAUCUGUGUUUUUAGUUUUGAUAGUAGUUAUGAAAUAUAUAGAAUUUUAACUUACCCACAGUGCUUCACAAUAAAAGUUAUCAUUAAUAAAUCAUGAUGAAAUUA